AUGGCCUCUGCUACUCGACAGUUCGCCCGCGUGGCCACCCGAAGCGCCUUAUCCGUUGCUCCUCGUCAGGCUUUCCGCCAGCAGGGCCGUCGAUGGUAUUCUUCUGAGACGGGUGCUCAAAAGAGCUCAUCCACUUGGCUGUAUCUGACUGGCGCCGCUGCGGCCGGUGGUCUCGGUUUCUGGUACUACACGGCCUCGGCCGCUCCGUCGGCCGCUUCCAACAAGUUCGUCAACCCGACCAAGGAGGAUUACCAGAAGGUGUACGACGAAAUCGCCAGCCGCCUCGAGGAAAAGGACGACUACGACGACGGCAGCUUCGGUCCCGUUCUCUUGCGUCUGGCCUGGCACGCCAGUGGUACCUACGACAAGGCCACCGGCACUGGUGGCAGCAACGGCGCCACCAUGCGUUUCGCCCCCGAGUCUGACCACGGCGCCAAUGCUGGCCUGCUGGCCGCCCGCAAGUUCUUGGAACCUGUCAAGGAAAAGUUCCCUUGGAUUACCUACUCGGACCUUUGGAUCCUCGGCGGAGUUGCUGCCAUCCAGGAAAUGCAGGGACCCAUCAUCCCUUUCCGACCCGGUCGUUCUGACCGCGACGUUGCUUACUGCACCCCCGACGGUCGUCUUCCAGAUGCUACCCAGGGCGCUGAUCACCUCCGCAACAUUUUCUAUCGCAUGGGUCUCAACGAUCAGGAAAUUGUCGCCCUUUCCGGCGCCCACGCCCUUGGCCGCUGCCACACUGACCGAUCUGGAUUCACGGGGCCCUGGACCUUCUCCCCUACUGUUCUGACCAACGAUUACUACCGCCUGCUCGUCGAGGAGAAAUGGCAGUGGAAGAAGUGGAACGGCCCCAAGCAGUACGAGGACAAGGCCACCAAGACCCUCAUGAUGCUGCCUACCGACAUGGUAUUGGUGCAGGACAAGAAGUUCAAGUCCUUUACCGAAAAGUAUGCCAAGGACAACGAUCUGUUCUUCAAGGACUUUUCCGCCGUUGUAACGAAGCUGUUUGAGCUCGGAGUCCCUUUUGCCGAGGGUACUGAGAAUCAACGAUGGACCAUGAAACCCACUUGGGAAGACUCCAAGUAA